AUAGCGCGACUGUGAACGAAAGGACACGGGGGACGCGAGUCUUCUGCGGAAUUAACAGUAGCCUCGCUGAGCCGGUAGUAAAAAUCCAGUAGUGUAGCUGCCGUUAGUAUCGCAAGCACUUUAAGGAACAACCUGCGCUCUAUCAACGAUUUAGUUGGACUGAUGGCAGUAUAGUGUCAGAAGGCGUAUGUCCCCUCCACCGGGCUAUUGGAGGAGCCUGGCAGUUUGGAGGUUCGUCCCAGCACUUGUUCAAGUUUGGAAAUCCGAUAGGAGGGAGAAGCGGAGGGGCUAUGUGCAGCUGAUGCAUCGCGGCUAAAAAUAAUCCGUCUAAAUUCUGUGUGAUUAGACUGCAGUCUCCAAAAAGCAGGCUUCGGGAAUGAAAGCGUGAUAAUACUGGGCGUUUUAGUGACCCUUGGCCCAAUUAGGCAGCAUGUCCUUGUCUUUCUGCGGGAAUGACCUCAAAAACUCCUACAGCGUCGAAAAGGGGGUUCUGAACAAUGGCUGCUUCGUGGAUGCCCUCAACCUUGUUCCACAUGUCUUCCUGCUCUUCAUCACCUUCCCCAUACUCUUCAUUGGCUGGGGCAGUCAGAGCUCGAAGGUGCAGAUCCACCAUAACACCUGGCUCCACUUCCCCGGCCACAACAUGCGCUGGAUCCUCACCUUCAUGCUGCUGUUCGUGCACGUGUGUGAGAUCGCCGAGGGGAUCGUCUCCAACACGGAGAUGAAGUCGAAUCACUUGCACCUUUUUCUGCCUGCAUUUAUGGGAUUUAUAGCAGCUACUACGUCAGUGGUGUAUUACCACAAUAUAGAAACUGCAAACUUUCCCAAACUUCUUCUGGCGCUGUUCAUCUACUGGGUACUGGCCUUCAUCACCAAAAUCAUCAAGCUGUGGAAGUUUGCCGAAGAGGGUGUGGGUGUGGAGCAUCUCCGUUUUUGUAUCACAGCCCUGCUUGUGGUGCUAUAUGGCCUGCUUAUGGCUGUUGAGAUCAAUGUCAUCAGGGUCAGGAAGUAUGUGUUCUUCACCACCCCGCAACGGGUGAAGCCCCCUGAGGACCUGCAGGACCUGGGCGUGCGCUUCCUGCAGCCGUUUGUCAACCUGCUGUCCAAGGCCACCUACUGGUGGAUGAACCCACUCAUUAUUGGUGCCCACAAGAGGCCGAUCGAGCUGAAGAAGAUCGGCAAGCUUCCCAUUGCCAUGAGGUCGCUGACCAACUACCUGCGUCUGAAGGACGCCUACGAGGAGCAGAGGGUGAGGGUGAGGCGCUGUACCCUACGGAGAUGUGUGGAUCAAGUGGAUCAUCAACAGCAUGCAGAAGACCUGGACCGGACGCCGUCCAUCUGGAGGUCCAUGUAUCGGGCGUUUGGACGACCCAUACUCCUGAGCAGCACCUUCCGCUACAUGGCCGACUUGCUGGGGUUCGCCGGGCCCCUCUGCAUCUUUGGCAUCGUGAAGCACCUGGACAACAAGACCGAGGAGGUCAAGAUGAAUAAGACAGAGGACCUGCAUUUUGGGGUCUAUUUUAUGUCCUCCAUGGAGCUGUUGCAGAAUACAUACGUCCUGGCCGUACUUCUCUUCCUGGCCCUGGUGCUCCAGCGCACCUUCCUGCAGGCCUCCUACUAUGUCACCAUAGAAACAGGCAUCAACCUGCGUGGGGCGCUCCUGGCGAUGAUCUACAAUAAGAUCUUGCGUCUCUCCACCUCUAACAUGUCGAUGGGUGAGAUGACUUUGGGCCAGAUUAACAACCUGGUUGCAAUCGAGACCAACCAGCUGAUGUGGUUCCUUUUCCUGUGCCCUAACUUAUGGGCAAUGCCAGUGCAGAUCAUUAUGGGUGUGAUCCUGCUGCAUUACCUGCUGGGAUACAGUGCUCUGAUCGGUGCAUCGGUCAUCGUGCUGCUGGCCCCUUUUCAGUACCUCAUCGCCACCAAACUGGCUGACACACAAAAAAGCACACUGGACUACUCUACAGACCGACUGAAGAAGACCACGGAGAUCUUGAAGGGCAUUAAACUGCUGAAGCUCUAUGCUUGGGAGAACAUCUUCUGCGACAGCGUGCUUGAGACCAGGGGCAAAGAGCUAACCAGCCUUCGGACUUUCGCCUUCUACACCUCCAUGUCCAUAUUUAUGAAUGCCGCCAUCCCUAUUGCAGCAGUGUUAGCGACCUUUGUCACUCACGCAUACUUCAGCGAGUUCCGGCUAAGACCAGCCGAAGCGUUCGCCUCUCUAGCUUUGUUCCACAUCCUGGUCACACCGCUCUUCCUGCUAUCCACUGUGGUGCGCUUCGCCGUGAAGGCCGUGGUCAGUGUUCAAAAGCUCGGCGAGUUCCUGCAGAGUGAAGAGAUUGGCGAAGACAGUUGGAGAAAUGGAGAUAUGUCUGUAUCUCUGGACUCCUGCAAGAAACACACUGUAACUACGAAGGCGAUAAAUCGGAAGCAGCGCUAUAAGAUGGACAGCUAUGAGCAGCCCAUGCGCAGACAGCUGCGGCCCUCAGAGACCGAGGACGUGGCCGUGAAGGUCAGCGAUGGCUACUUCACGUGGGGGACCAAUACGUCGACACUAUCAGACAUCAACAUCCGUGUACCCACAGGCCAACUGACUAUGAUUGUGGGCCAGGUGGGUUGUGGGAAGUCCUCGCUCCUGUUAGCCAUGCUGGGAGAGAUGCAGACGCUCAGCGGCAAAGUCUACUGGAGCAAGGUUCCUGAUUGUGAGAUGCUCCACGAUGUCUACAUAAGCAGAGAGUAUGGCACAGAUUUUUCCCAAGAAGAGCAGAGUAAGAACAGGUACUCUGUGGCUUAUGCAACUCAGAAGUCAUGGCUGCUAAAUGCUACAGUGGAGGACAACAUCACAUUUGGAAGCCCUUUCAACAAGCAGAGAUACAAAGCUGUAAUUGAUGCUUGCUCGCUGCAACCAGACAUCGACCUCCUUCCGUUUGGGGACCAGACUGAAAUAGGAGAAAGGGGAAUAAACCUAAGUGGAGGUCAGAGACAGAGAAUCUGUGUGGCCAGAGCCCUCUACCAGAACACUAACAUUGUUUUCCUGGAUGACCCAUUCUCGGCUCUGGACAUCCAUCUAAGUGACCAUCUGAUGCAGGAGGGCAUUCUGAAGUUCCUCCAGGAUGAUAAGCGAACUGUAGUACUGGUCACCCACAAGCUGCAGUACCUCAUCCACGCUGACUGGAUCAUCGCCAUGAAGGAUGGCUCUGUGCUGAGGGAGGGGACACUGAAGGACAUCCAGACCCAUGAUGUGGAGCUGUAUGAGCACUGGAAGACGCUGAUGAACAGGCAGGAUCAAGAGCUGGAGAAGGACACAGAGAUUGAGAGUCAGACGACUCUUGAACGGAAGACUCUUAGAAGAGCUUUCUACUCCAGAGAAGCCAAGACCCACAUAGACGAUGAAGAUGAGGAGGAGCAAGAGGAGGAGGAUGAAGAGGACAGCCUGUCCACCACGACCAGCCGUCGGUCCAAGAUCCCCUGGAAGGUGUGCUGGCGCUACCUGUCCUCGGGUGGCUUCCUCCUGGUUUUUGUGGUGGUCACCUCCAAGCUGGCCAAGCACUCCGUCAUGGUGGCCAUCGACUACUGGCUGGCGGCAUGGACCUCCUCUAACUUCAACACAAUGGAGCAUAAACCCAUAAUAAACUCUGAUCAUCAGUCCUACGUGCCAGUGUUCAUUAUCCUCUGUGCAGCGGGAAUAGUCCUGUGUCUUAUCACUUCUCUGACUGUAGAAUUUCUGGGCCUCACUGCUGCCAGUAAUCUGCACCACAACUUACUCAACAAGAUUAUUCAUGCUCCUCUGAGAUUCUUUGACAUCACCCCGCUCGGUCAAAUCCUCAACCGUUUCUCUGCAGACACUAAUAUCAUCGAUCAGCACAUUCCAUCCACGCUGGAGUCCCUCACACGCUCCACUCUGCUCUGCCUCUCGGCCAUCGGCGUUGUUGCAUUCGUCACACCAGCUUCCCUCAUUGCACUCGUGCCCCUUGCCGUGGCCUUCUACUUCAUCCAGAAGUACUUCCGGGUCGCCUCCAGAGAUCUGCAGGACCUGGAUGACUCCACACAGCUUCCAUUGCUCUGCCACUUCUCUGAGACAGCUGAGGGCCUCACCACGAUUCGAGCAUUUAGGCAUGAAGCUCGCUUCAAGCAGCGAAUGCUGGAGCUCACUGACACCAAUAACACAGCGUACCUCUUCCUCUCUGCUGCCAACCGCUGGCUGGAGGUCAGAACAGAUUAUUUGGGUGCUGUGAUUGUGCUCACAGCUGCGGUGGCAGCCAUCUGGAUGUCUUUCUAUGGCCUCCAAUCGGGUCUGGUCGGGCUGGGACUUACAUAUGCCCUCACGGUGACUAACUAUCUGAACUGGGUGGUGAGGAACCUUGCAGACCUGGAGGUUCAGAUGGCUGCAGUGAAGAAGGUGGAUAGCUUCCUGAGCACAGAGUCAGAGAACUACGAGGGUUCUCUAGAUGUCUCCCAGGUCCCGGAGGACUGGCCCCAGCAUGGUGAGAUCAAGAUCCAGGACCUGUGUGUGAGAUACGACCCCAUGCUGAAGCCGGUUCUCAAACAUGUCAAUGCCUUCAUCAACCCUGGGCAGAAGGUGGGCAUCUGUGGCAGAACAGGCAGUGGAAAGUCCUCACUGUCUCUGGCAUUCUUCAACAUGGUGGACGUUUUCCAUGGCAAAAUCAUCAUUGACGGCAUUGAUAUCUGCAAGCUGCCCUUGCAAACCCUAAGAUCUCGUCUGUCCAUCAUUCUUCAGGAUCCUGUACUGUUUAGUGGCUCCAUCCGGUUCAACCUAGAUCCGGAGCGCACCUGCACUGAUGACAGGCUUUGGGAGGCUUUGGAAAUCGCUCAGCUAAAGAAUAUGGUCAGAUCACUCCCAGGAGGACUGGAUGCAGUUGUGACAGAGGGAGGGGAGAACUUCAGCGUGGGACAGCGCCAACUCUUCUGUUUGGCCCGAGCCUUCGUCCGCAAGAGCAGCAUCCUAAUCAUGGAUGAGGCCACAGCAUCCAUCGAUAUGGCUACGGAGAACAUCCUGCAGAAGGUGGUGAUGACGGCGUUUGCUGACCGCACUGUUGUCACCAUCGCGCACCGGGUUCACACCAUCCUGACAGCUGAUCUCGUAAUAGUCAUGAAGAGAGGGAACAUCUUAGAGUAUGGUACACCUCAGACCCUGAUGGAGCAAGAGGAUGGCAUGUUUGCCUCCUUUGUCAAGGCAGACAUGUAAUAAGAGAUUCCUCCCCUGCCCCUCGACCCUCCGUGCCCCCAACACCAGCAUCAGCUGUUCUAUCCACACACGCGUCAACACAAUCCUCCUACUCACCGUCCUUUGUCUUAAAGAAACAAAGAUAGAUGAGUUACCCCAGUAUUGGAAAGGAAUGGUUUGCAAAUUAUGCCUUCAUCAUGCCUGAUUCCCUCACUUCUUUAAAGAGCUUUUUCCAUCCGUACCUUGUCAAAGCUUUUUAAAAAAAAAUUCUCCAUCAUUUAUAAUCACCGCAUAUUGUAACGCUGGCAGUUUUACGACUAGGAGACUUACUGCACCUGUUCCAGCUUCUCACUUGGCUUCAGCACGCUCCAAUGGGGCAGUCAUUUAAGCCAUCAAAAACCAUGAUAAACCUCAUUUUCUUGAAGAUACUAAGUAUAGUAUAGUAACACAGUAUAGUAACAUAUGUCUCUAUGUAUUUUAUAUUUAUUCAGAACUUGUUUUGAAUAGCAGCAGGCCUUAAUAUUUCAUUUGAUUGCCACAAAUUAUACUCCUUUCUUCUCACAGCAGACCAUCUAAAGAUAUUUGUGACCACACUGUGAGUUCCCCAUAUUUGAACAGGAAAUUGACUUAUCUUGGGUUUUUACAUGCAAAAACGGUUGUCCCAUUAAGCCCCGUGAGAUGGUGUAGAGAAGUGGUAUGUUUCUCAGUAUCCUCUAAGUGAGGAUAUGCGGCAUUAUAAACCAUGGAAAACAACUAUUUUACUAAUGUAUGGGUUGAAAAAUAGCAAACGUAUUCUUUAAUCUUUUAACUAUUUACGUUUUACAUGCAGUAUUUGUUGGGAUUUUGUGCGCUUUGUUUUUUUGUUAAUGCUUAUUCUUUGGUUAAAGUUAAAAAUUAAGUUAAAUUAAGUUAAAAUAUGUUUAUUGUUUCAUACUUGGGAGAAAUUAGCAGCUAUAUAUGACUGGUACCAACACUGUACAGAUUUGUUGGCAAACGAAAGAGCCGGCACUCUGUCUGUCUGUCUGAUGUGCAUUGCUGUCUCGUCCUCUGGAUGAUUAAGACUGCUAGUACCACAAAAGCACAAAGAACUAUGCAAACAUUAAUUUAAUCGAAAUCAGUGCACUAAACCAUAUUCCCGCAGACACGUUAUGGCCUGGAUUUGGUAAUUGAAAAUAUGAUAUAGCUUGUGCUUUCUGAGGGGUGGCAGACACUUAAUACCAAUUAACAUUUUAUUUACACUAUAGUCUGUGUCUGAACCUUUUUUGUACAAUAUUGCCUGAUUUGCCUAAACAAAAGCUCUUUUAGCAGUCAGAUCUGCAAUUCUGUUCAUUCGCCUAAUAUUCCUAGUGGAGAGCUAAAUUGUGCGAUGCUAAAUGUUACGUUUGUCUUUAAUCUGUUUCACACCAUAGGUGUGAUGCUAGGCUAGCACGAGCUCGUUUAAACUCAAUGCUAUGCCUGCACACUUCGAAAUUCAACAUUACUGAGAAAACUGAUCUCUGAUCAGCUUGCAGCCAAGUGAUUUACUUAACAUGUGGCUGCCACCAUUUCUCGCCUGUUCCCUAAUAGGGUCUACUUUAUUGUUACUCAAUGUCUUAAACACUUCUCUCUGGAAAGGGUUACAGUAGGCAAAACUUUUAUAAACAUCGUGAGCAGCAUUGGAUUUUAACAAAGGAGAAAGAUACGACCUCCGACUUUUGGAUAUAAUUAUUUUACCUACGUGAGAGCUCAACAAGUAGCUUUUUAUGGUCAAGGCACCGAACUCCCGCUGCAUACAACUGCAGGGGUGAUUCAGGGGCGAUUUCUGUCACUACUGACCAAACGUCAAAGGAUAGGGCUAUGCAUUUUCGUAAGGUGUUUUAAUAUGAUGCAUGGCGCGCAGAAUUAUGACCUACGGUUUUAUGCAAUGUAUCUGUUUGUAUGAUGGGUUGUCUUAAAUGUACAUAUGUAAUUACUGUUAGUAACAUAAACAUUUAUGACAUUAUACCGUGUGCCUACUUUUUUACACUUGAACGGAAUAAAUUUGCUUUGAGUGAUCA